GUCAAGUGUCAAGUUUGCUGUAUCGUCGAUUGCAUUUUUACAAGCUUUUUCUUGAACUAAAUAAAAACAGUAUUUAUUUUGUGUAGUUAGAUACUUUAUAGUAAUUUUUAAGUAGAACAAACCAAUACCUUUUACACAAUGGAUCAAAUGCUGCCCAGUCCGUAUAAUAUACCGGGUAUUGGAACGCCGUUACACCAACCCGAAGAAGAUCAACAAAUCUUACCAAAUGCAUUGCAACAACAACAUCAACAACAACAGCAACAACAGCAGCAGCAACAGCAUUCCUUAGGUUCCUUGGGAUCCUCGCCACUUGUUGGUUUUGGCGCUUCCCUCAUGGGAACUCCACAACGUUCUAUGCACACUUACGCGCCAACUGCUAGUUAUGCCACUCCUCAGCAGAUGAUGCAGCCCCAAACACCACAAAAUAUGAUGUCUCCAAUGAUAACCAGUGGAAGCAUGGGGGGCCCACAAAUGCUUAGUCAGGCUAGUCCAGCACCCAUGACUCCAUUAACACCACAUUCAGCAGACCCUGGAAUAUUGCCACAACUACAAAAUAUUGUAUCAACAGUUAACUUAAAUUGCAAAUUGGAUUUAAAGAAAAUAGCCUUACACGCCAGAAAUGCUGAAUACAAUCCCAAAAGAUUUGCAGCUGUUAUUAUGAGAAUAAGAGAACCAAGGACAACAGCAUUGAUAUUUUCUUCCGGGAAAAUGGUUUGUACAGGAGCAAAAAGUGAAGAGGACUCAAGACUGGCUGCUAGAAAAUAUGCUAGAAUUAUACAAAAAUUAGGGUUUACUGCAAAAUUUUUAGACUUCAAAAUACAAAACAUGGUCGGCAGUUGUGAUGUUAAGUUUCCAAUCCGCCUUGAAGGUUUAGUGCUCACUCAUGGACAGUUCAGUUCUUACGAACCAGAAUUAUUUCCAGGACUCAUUUAUCGUAUGGUCAAACCAAGAAUUGUACUUUUAAUAUUUGUGUCUGGCAAAGUGGUGUUAACUGGUGCAAAAGUCCGACAAGAAAUUUAUGAAGCUUUUGAUAACAUUUACCCUAUCCUGAAAAGCUUUAAAAAGCAAUAGUUGUAGAAUUAAAUUAAGGUAUCUCCUAUUUCUAAGUGUUAUUAAUAAAUAAAUACAAUUUU